UUUGAGUUGAGGAGCAGAAAACUAAUAUGUGGAGGAUAUCCAUUUUAGUCUUCAUAAGAAGUUGUUUUAUCCAAGAAACAAUUGUCAUAGAUAAGCCUUUGAAAAUGUACAAGAACUCAUGAUGAAUACUGACAUGCGACUAUGAAAUUAUAGAACAAACUUCUUCAAGGGUUAAGAAAAGUGCCGUGUUCUUUGAUAGCCAGUAAUGAGUUAGGUUUUAACCUCAACCCUAACGAAAAACAUCAUAAGGUUUUGCAAACCGAGCCUAUUGCCUUGACAGAAGCAGCACGCCUCGAUACAACAAGUGCUAGUUUCAAAAUUAAUCUUUUCCUUAUAAAGUAGUUUCAAACUAAUUAAAAAGCAUGCUUCUUCGUGUUAGGUCAUUGUCUAUAUUUUGGUUCCAUCUACAGCGUGGUUGUCUUUCACUUGUGUGGGCUUGAAUCUUAUGAAUAGCUUUUGCAGUAGUACAGCCAUCACUGAUUUCUCUUAUCUUGCCAUAGAUCGUUCGUAAAAAAGAGAAUAGGGAGGAGAUGUGGGGCAUAUCAAAAAUCUGAGUUCAGAAACAAAUAGGUGCUUGAUGCGACUAACAAUGAGCCCUGGGGUCCUCAUGGAUCACUUCUUGCAGAUAUUGCUCAAGCUUCAAGAAACUAUCAUGAGUACCAAAUGAUUAUGGCUGUAAUUUGGAAGCGUGUCAGUGAUACUGGAAAAAAUUGGCGGCAUGUUUACAAGGCUUUAACUGUUUUGGAUUAUUUAGUAGCCAAUGGGUCUGAGCGUGUUAUAGAUGACAUAAGGGAACAUGCAUACCAGAUAUCUACAUUAUCCGAUUUUCAAUAUAUCGACUCUAGUGGAAAAGACCAGGGAUGCAAUGUUAGGAAGAAAUCUCAGAGUCUUGUUGUUCUUGUAAAUGAUAAGGAGAAGAUACAAGAAGUCCGCCAAAAGGCAGCUACCAAUAGGGACAAAUUCCGCAACCCAUCAAUGGGUGAUAUGCAUCGAGGGUAUGGUGACAGAUAUGAAGAGGAUCGUUAUGGAGGCAGAGAUGAAGAGAGAAAUGGUUAUGGGAGAGAAAAAGAAUGGGGUUACAAAGAUGAGGACAAAUAUGGUAGGUAUGGUGAUCCAUGCAGCCGUGAUGGGGAUCGCUAUGGUAGAGGUUAUGAUGAACGCAGCCGAGAUGGAAACAGGGAUGAUGAUCAUCAUGGAAGAAGUCGGAGUGUAGAUGAUUAUAGUAAUGGCUCAAGAAGUAGUGACAGAGACAGGGAUCGUGCUUAUGAUGAUGAUGGUCAAUAUUCUUCUAGAGGAAGCGGUGCAAGGGCUGAGGAUCACUCUCAAGAUGGAAGUGUUAAUGGUAUGCAGCUUGAAAGAGGGUUUUCUGAACAAAACCUUGAUGCACCUCCCAGUUAUGAGGAAGCUAUUGGUGCGUCACGAAGCCCUACACACAGUGAAAGGAAUGUGGAAAUAGCUUCAGCAUCUGCUCCUAAAUCUUCUUCACCUCACGCAAUUGGAAGUCCAAACCAAGAAACCACCCCUGCUCCUGCACCAGCUGCUGCUUCAUUGCCCACUCCAGUACCAGUUGCUGCUCCGCCAGAGAACAACGACAUUGAGAGCUUUGAUGAAUUUGAUCCUCGGGCUUCUUUUUCAGUGGCCCGGGCUCAAUCAAAUGGUGCUGUGCCAACUACUACCAUUGGCACUGAAGUGGAUUUACUUGGCUCCUUAUCUGAGCCAUUUUCUUCUAAUUCGUUAGCCCUUGCAUCAGCAACUACAACCACCUUUGAGGUUAAUCCUUUUGAGACUAAUGUUUCUGGACCCGUGUUUGGCGGAGCAUCACCUGCAUCUUCUGUCACUAACCAGAUGUUUGAGGAUCCUUUUGGUGAUGGUCCUUUCAAAGCUGUACCAACCUCAGACACGGUGCAAAUUCAGCCGCAGAGCAUUUCUUCUCCAUAUUUCCUUCCUAACUCAAAUCAAAGCCCUGAACCCCCAGUUCCUCAGAGUGCUAACGUCCCGAAUACAACAUAUGCAGCACACAAUUAUGGUCAUCUGGAGCUGUCCACAUCCAACCACGAUAUUGAUAUAUUGGCUGAUAUUCUCCCGCCUUCUGCUCCUUCACCUUCUCUGCAUCCCUCUAAUGACCACGCAACCCCAAGUGGCCCACUUGCCGCACAGGCAGGUUAUCCAUCUCACAGUGGGCUAGCUGCACAACCAACAGGUUAUGCAGCUACCCAUGGUCAGGAUGCUUCACUAACAGGUUUUGCAGCUCAACCUGGUUUACAGUUACCACAAACAAGUUAUCCUAUCCAUGGGCAACCUUUUUCUCAGAUUGGGUUUUCUGGUCAAACGAGCACUUCUCCAUCUCUUGGUGGUUAUUCAGUUCAACCUGUCCAAACACCACAGACAAGUUUUGGGCUGCAAAGUGGUCAACCUACAUCUCUUAAUGGCUUCCCAUCUGCAUCGGGUUCCUUUCCCCAUCCUGGAUUUCAGGUCACUGCUGGUCAGUCUCUGCAGACAAAUACUAACUUUGGAGGUUACAACACAGGAUUGGGAUCUAUAGGUUCAGUUAGUACGCAAAUGGGAUUAUCUCCUGCUGGACCAUCUAUCCUUACGCAUCCAGCUACUGCAUCCCAUAUACCUACACAAAUGAAUCUUCCAUAUUCACAAAAUCAAACAAGUAACGUGUCAAUGCCCCCACAGUCGGCUCCAGUUUCAACAGCUCUCAUCAGCAGCAACCAACCAGCCAAUGACAAAUUUGAGACAAAAUCUACCGUUUGGGCCGAUACACUGAGCCGUGGAUUGGUCAAUUUGAACAUUUCUGGAUCUAAGACAAAUCCUUUAGCUGAUAUUGGAGUUGAUUUUGAUGCUAUUAACCGCAAGGAGAAGAGGUUGGAGAAACCUAGUACAGCACCCGUGACAUCAACUGUUACCAUGGGCAAAGCAAUGGGUUCUGGUUCUGGUAUUGGCCGUGCUGGUGCAGGUGCUAUAAGGCCUUCAUCAAAUCCAAUGGCAGGGGCUGGCAUGGGCAUGGGUAUGGGUGCUCCUGGAGCAAGUGCCAUAGGAUUAUAUGGAGUAAACCAGCCUAUGGGGAUGGGGAUGGAGAUGGCCAGACCAAUGCACAUGGAAAUGGGCAUGAACAUGGGGCAAGGAGUACAGAUGCAACAGCCAACUGGAUUUCCUCCUGGUUCCACCAUACCAGGAGGUUAUAAUCCCAUGAUGGGCGGAGGUAACUAUGGCCAACAAUCAUUCGGUGGUGGAUAUCAAUGAGCUUAAGCCUGUGAAUUUGGGAAGACCGUUGAAAAGAAAUGUUGUUUUGAUAGAAUCCAGAAUGUAUUCUAGUGAAUAGCCUGUUGAGCUCAAACCAUCUGUUGUAGAGUCGAUACUUUUUGGGUAUUGCAUGUAGCAUUUGCAGAUAAGAGGGUAGUUGUAUCUUAAUUCUUUCUUUCAGGGUUGUUUUGAAGUUGCAUUACCGAUGUCCCCUAUUUCGGUCAAUGAGCGCUUGCAUAGAUGACUUUGCACAUCUUUAAUUUGAGGAUCA